AUGGAUGAGAGGCGAUGGAGAAGGCAUGGAAGGGGACAAAUACGCACUUCGAUACUCCCUUUACGAUCACCAACACGGCCACCUCGUACUAUUUUGUCCAACACCAUAUCUUGCUGCUACUGCGAUUACAAAAUCUCUGCCUUAAACACCUCUCUUUAUCAUCUUGGACGGAAACACUCCAAAUGGUUAAAAAUUUGGUUUUCAAUCGGUGUCGGCUUUAGCCUAACCGCACUCCUUGGAGUCACUCUGAUUCUUAUUUGGGAUUUAGGGAAAAUUUUGCAUCUUUUUAGUGGAAGUAGCGGUCUUUCAAGUUCUUUACUGUUUGGGUUUUCUCCUCAGGUGUAUGGUUUGAGAUUAUCCGUUGCAGAUGCUGGAUACUUGUUGUUUUCUACUUUGAUUUCUGUAUCAGUUCACGAAUUCGGGCAUUCCGUUGCUGCGGCAAGUGAGGGGAUACCGACCGAGUACAUUGCUAUUUUUGUUGCAGUACUGUUUCCUGGUGCUCUGGUUGCUUUGAAUUAUGAGUUGCUUGAGGAGCUACAACCAUUUACUGCACUUCGUGUGUACUGUGCUGGCAUUUGGCACAAUGCUGUGUGUUGUGCAGUUUGUGGACUGGUGUUAUUCCUCCUGCCCUUGAUCUUGUGUCCCUUUUAUAUACAUGGUGAAAGCCCUAUGGUUUUGGAUGUACCUACUUCCUCUUCUUUGUCUGGCUAUCUGUCUCCUGGUGAUGUAAUUGUUUCUUUGGAUGGCAAACGAAUUCGUAAUGAGCAAGAUUGGGUGCAGAUAACUGCUCUAAUAAAUGAGCAGACACUUCGAAGUUCAAAUCUUUCAAAAAGUUUUGAAGGUCCUGCAAUAGUUCAUCGAAUGAAGGGUUACUGUGUUCCUACUUCUGUGGUAGAAGAAAGCAACGAGACCUUUUUUGUAGACAAUCAAUCUGCCUGUCCUGACAACCUUACUGAAUUUGUGGCCGUUCAAUGCUUCGAUUCAAGCAAAUCAGAUAAUGUCAGUAUUGAAGAUGAUCUAAACAGAAGACAGAGUAGGCAGUGCUUGAAUUCUAAGGAUGUUGUCAAGCUUAAUAAAUGUGGUGAUGGGUGGGCAACAGAAAAAACCAAAGGAAGCAGUUGCUUAUGUUCACAGGAGGAGUACUGCUUAAGCCCUGUUCCACUGCCAGGGUUGAUAUGGGUUGAGAUCACCUAUGUAAGCCCUUAUGCUCCAGAAUGCUUGCAACUGGGAAGAAAUUCAUUUCCAACUUCUGAAGCUUCAGACUUUUCAGAACAUAAGUGUGGUGGUAUUUUUGUUUUUGUUGGUGAUCUGAUCUCGAUGGCACAUUCAGUUAGGUUAACGGCAUAUCAACCCCGUUGGGCAUUUGCUUUCAGUAUACAUCUUCCUAAUGCUUUGGAAAAGAGCUUAGUGUGCACAUUCCAUGUCUCUCUUACACUAGCCCUCCUCAACAGUUUGCCGGUAUAUUUUUUGGAUGGCGAAUCAAUUUUGGAGGCAGCUCUCUGCCACUUCACAUCAUUGAACCCAAGGAAAAGGGUAAAAGUUAUGCGAGCCUGUCUUUUAGGAGGGACUCUCAUUUCCACUCUAGCAUUUAUGUGGAUCUUCUUCAUCAAGUUUUGGUCAUCUAAACUUGCUACUCAGAAUCCUUGGCCACAAGUUUUGGAUGCUAGUUAUACAUCUCUCAAAUUAAUUUCCCUUGCUGCUUAA